UAGGGUGAGAUCGUUGGUGAGUUGGCGAAAGGAGACUGAAGGAGGACCCACAGGCUCCAUCGCCCGUUGCCGCCGUCUCGAUCGCCGACCACCACUAGCCCAGCAUCCUCCCGCCUCUGAACAGGGCACCACGAAGGGUUCCACGGAUGGCUGUUGAGGCCUUUGGACAACCAGGGCGGGUCGCUUAUGGACGGCCACUGGUGGAGGUGUUCUCGGUGGAGCUGCGCUUGAACAACCCUGGCGGCAAGCUGUACGGCAUAAUCGCAUUCACCGACGGCGUGGGUUGUCAAUACAUCUACGACCGAAAAAGCCAAAAAAGAGAUGAGGGCGAUAGCGGUUCGGCAGCUUUGUUGAACGGCCCAGCUGGAGGCAUCUCCGCCCUUGGAGGCUUUACGAUUGAUGUGGAUCUCAUGGAUGACAUUAAAGGGCAGUUCUCAUGGAACGUUUACGACGUCACUAAUGUGUAUGACAGGCUCUUACAGGAGAACGUCAAUGGAAACACGGGUUCGGCGAUAGUGAACUACGCCGUGUUUCUUGAUGCAGCGGUAGCUAUUGUGGAAGUCAUACUCUUUAAUGGAGAUGGGAAUGACCCUGCCUACGUUUAUGGACAGAUUACUGCUCGCAAUACCAACUUCACAAACGAAAGUACCCUCUUUCAGAAGACUCUGGACGAGCACAGAAGAGUAAGUCCUGGGAAGCACAUUCCUUUGUCGAGAUCUGUAGUAGCUGUGCCAUUGAGCUCUUCCCUCGUGGUUGGGGCGAAUCUGUUAGUUCACAGUGGGUACAAACGUGAGAGCGAAAGGGAGAUCGCCAAGGGCACUGCAGAGUUCCCUGCUCAAUCCUUUGGUACAUUUGAAAGGGAUAUUUGGGGCAAGUACGGUAUGAUCCGAGUGAAGGUCACUUGGACUUUAGAUAUUUAAAUUCAUAUGCUGCCAAUUAAAGUUGUAAGAUAGUGACAGUAUGAGAAUUAAAAUUUGGUUGUGAAUUUUACUUUUUGGAGUGAGGUUACGCUUUGAAGAGAAGAGGUUUCUA